AUGAAGCUCCACGCCGAAUCAGGCGGUAAGAGCCGCAGCUUUGCCCUCGUCUUCAUCAUUGGGGCUCCGGGUGCGGGGAAAGGCACGGUGUCAGCUUUUCUCGCCCAAAAAUACAAUCUCGUACACUACUCAGUCGGUGAUGGCCUUCGCGCGUGGAUGCGCGUGAAUCGCUCCACCGAACUUGCCGCCAAGAUUCAGAGCAAGCUUGACAAUCAAGGCUUUCUGACUUCUGAGGAUCUCAACCCAUUCAUUUACCGCGAAAUUCUAAACGCCAUCAAUCGCAGUGACCCAGAGGUGAAGGGUAUCUUGGUCGACGGAUAUCCACGAUGCAUUGAACAAUUGGAGUCGUUUGGGACAUGGCCUUACCACGACCAGGUGCCUCUCGCUCCAGGUGAUGACGGCAAGAUCAGCCUCGACAUUAAGCCGGAUCUCGUACUAUCUUUUCAGAUCACAAAACAAAACGCCAGAGACAGAUAUCUCGGUCGGGCCAGAGACGCGAACGACAGCGCACAUAAGUUUGACAAGCGCUUUGUCGAGUAUGAGCUGGAGACCGUCCCAGUCGAGGAAGAAUAUCGCAAGCGUCGUAUCUUGGUAUCUAUUGAUGUCAAUGGAACUAAAGAUGAGAACAUUGAGGCUCUGACCAGGUCACUUCAGCUGUCUGAGGUUUGGAAAAAGGCCAUUGGCACGUAA